AUGGAUCAAGAGCUUGGCGGCGUGAAUGAGAAGUGCGAAGAGUCAAGAGAAGAAGAGUCAAGAGAAGAAGAGUCGGAAGAAGAAGAAGAGGAAGAGGAAGAGGAAGAGGAAGAGGAAGAGGAAGAGGAAGAGGAAGAGGAAGAGGAAGAGGAAGAGGAAGAGGAAGAUGAAGAUGAAGAUGAAGAUGAAGAUGAAGUGAUAGGAAAGAGCGACCAAACAGAAAGUCAACAAAUCGGGAAGGACCAAGAGCGCAGAAUCAGUUGA